AUGUCUGCUGAGCAACCCCAGAAGGUCUUGGGCAUGCCGCCCUUCAUGGCCGACUUCUUGAUGGGUGGUGUUUCCGCCGCCGUCUCGAAGACCGCUGCCGCUCCCAUUGAGCGUGUCAAGCUCCUCAUCCAGAACCAGGAUGAGAUGCUUAAGACCGGUCGUCUCGACCGCAAGUACGCCGGUAUUGGUGACUGCUUCAAGCGCACCAUGGCCGAUGAGGGUGUCAUGUCCCUCUGGCGAGGAAACACUGCCAACGUUAUCCGAUACUUCCCUACCCAGGCUCUGAACUUUGCUUUCCGUGACAAGUUCAAGAAGAUGUUCGGUUACAAGAAGGACAAGGAUGGCUACGCCCUCUGGAUGGCUGGUAACCUUGCCUCCGGUGGUGCCGCUGGUGCCACUUCCCUCCUCUUCGUCUACUCUCUGGACUAUGCCCGUACCCGCCUUGCCAACGAUGCCAAGAACGCUAAGAAGGGUGGUGACCGUCAGUUCAACGGUCUCGUCGAUGUCUACAAGAAGACCCUCGCCUCUGAUGGUAUUGCCGGUCUCUACCGUGGUUUCAUGCCCUCCGUUGCUGGUAUCGUUGUCUACCGUGGUCUCUACUUCGGAAUGUACGACUCUAUCAAGCCCGUCGUCCUUGUCGGUAACCUUGCCAACAACUUCCUUGCCUCUUUCGCUCUUGGCUGGAUCGUCACCACUGGUGCCGGUAUCGCCUCUUACCCUCUUGACACCAUUCGACGACGCAUGAUGAUGACCUCUGGUGAGGCCGUCAAGUACAAGAACACCAUGGAUGCUGCCCGCCAGAUCGUCGCCAAGGAGGGUGUUAAGUCUCUCUUCAAGGGUGCUGGUGCCAACAUUCUCCGUGGUGUUGCCGGUGCUGGUGUCCUCUCCAUCUACGAUCAGCUCCAGGUCCUCCUCUUCGGCAAGGCCUUCAAAUAA